AUGGCAUUUGAGAAUUUUUUAAGUAAUAUAAAUGAAAUAUUUAUAAAUAAACCGGAAAAUGAAUUUAAAGAUGAAGCUCUUAUAAUAGAAGUUACAAAUGGAAAAAUCAAGUUUAUAACUAUUGUAGAAUCUCUUCAGGAAAUUUUAACCAAUGAAGACAUAAAUAUUCGAGAAAGAGGAAUUAAAUUUUUAUCUUGGGUUCUUACUCAGAUUCCUAAAGAUAAAUUAAAUUGUUCAGAAAUAACACAUAUAACAAAUUUUUAUUGUGAAUGUUUAAAAUCUCAUCAUAAUUUACUUCCAGCUACUUUUAAAGGGUUACUUGCAAUUGUAAACAUGAAAUAUACUUUAAAAGAAGAUAAUAUAAAAAUUAUAAGUUCUUUAUUUCAAAAUGUCAAUUGCAUAACACAGUUACAAGAAGAUAGAUUAAACAUUUAUAAUAUUUUAGAAGUCUCAGUUUUAAAUCAUUUAGAUGAAGCUAAACAAAUGGGACCUGAUUUCAUAUUUGGAGUCAUUUCAUUUAUAGAAGGAGAAACAGAUCCGAAAUGUUUAUUAAAAAUAUUUAGUUUUUUUCCUUAUUUAAUUCAAAAUUUAGAUUUAGGUCAUCUAACAGAUGAAUUAUUUGAAGUUUUUUCUUGUUAUUUUCCUAUAGAUUUUAAUGCAGCUGCAAAAGAUAAAAGUUUAGUUACCAGAGAAGAAUUGUCUGAAGGUUUGCUUCAAUGUCUCACAAGUAAUGAAAAAUUUUGCGAGUUAAGUCUUCCACUUUUAUUUGAAAAAUUAGAUUCCACAUUUCAAACUGCAAAAUUGGAUUCUUAUCAGCUUUUAAAAGCAUGUUGUCAAAAAUUAAAUGCUUCAAGUUUACAAAAUUACUUAAACCAAUUCUGGAAAUGUGUUCAAAAUGACAUUUUAAAUGUAAGGAAUCCAGAAUUAUCAGAAGUAGGACUUUCAGCUUUGACUGAUGUCGUUUGGCUGCUUUCUAAAGAAAAAAAAAAUGAGCCGUUACUGUUUUCAUUUUUAAAUGAUGUUAUCGAAACUGUAAAAAGCUUGACUUGCAGGGUAAAUGAAAAUAUGUUCCAGCCAGCUAUUAAAUUACUCGUAGCUUCACCACUACGUUCAGAAUCAGCGACCUAUAUAGUUUUGAGUUCUCUGAAACAAUUUUAUGUUAAAGAAAUCAAUUCAACAAUGGACCUUAAAAUUCUUUUAUCCUGUUUUUGUGCUUUUUUAAAGUGCUGCCAUGUACAUAGUGUUAUGAAAUCUGAAAAUGAAGAAAUUAUAUCUUGCUAUUUAGAUUUUGUUAGCAUGUAUUUAAAUUCUGCGAAAAAUGAUGAUUACGACAUUAGGAAACUAGCAUAUUUAGGAAUCAUUGAAGUAAUCGAUGACUUAAAUUUAGAAUUCAGAGAAAAAUUAUGCAUGACACUCCUGGAAAAUAUAAAAAAACAAAAUGAUAUAAAAACAAGUUCAGAAUUUUUAACAGUAUUUAGGUAUGUGGCAGAUAACUACACGAAUGAACUUGAUAAUAUUCUUUCAAAUGAUUUCGCAGCUGUAUCUAGCCUCCAAAAAUUAGAAAAUGAUAAUUUUAUAUGGGCUCUUUCUUAUUUGGCUGAUGUUCCUUAUUUUACAAAAUCCGUUAUAACAACGUAUUUAGACAUUAUUCGAAUAAAACUUAAUUNNNUUGAAAAAAUUGUUGAUGAUCUACCUUAUUUAAAUGGUGGAGGAGGAGGGGAUGUUAUAAUUAAUACGUCUUCGCCUAAAAUGUGCCUUACCGUUCCUUUGCUCGAAGCCAUUUUGGGUUCUAUUCAUUCAAACGUAGAUAUUCCAAACAUUUCAAAUGUUUUAGAAAAACUUAUGGUUACCGCUUUAAACUCCGAAGAAGAUUUAAUUCGUUUGUCUUCGUCGCGAUUGUUGGCGACGCUCAUUAACAAAACGGAAGAAUCUUUGGCUCUGACUUUAUUAAAAAAACUAAUGGAACACAUUUUAAUGCAGUUAAAUAGUCCAUUAAAUUCAUCGAAAUUCAAUUGUAGUUAUUUAUUCACGUGGAUAAUGAAAGGUGUCAUUUUGAGAGGAAAUUUAUUUUUUGAAGAAUGCAUCGUGAAAUGGUUCGAAUUGAUCGGAAGAGAAGACAUCGGAAGGUUCAUGGUUAAAAAUUUACCGAUAAUAUUCACAUCGGAGGAUUUAUAUUUAACUCUAGAUAGUCAUUGUAACGUCAGGAUUUUAUAUCGUCAAAGGUUAUUCGAAUAUUUUCCAAAACUUUUUGAAAUAUACGAAGGAACUCAAGAUUGUGUUAAAAUGAAUUAUUUGAUGGCUUUGAUUGGUUUGCUUCAAGGUGUGCCCAUUCAUUUACUACAAACAAAUAUCGGUUGUGUUAUUACUCUGCUGUUGCAAAGCUUAAGCACAAACGAUGAAGAAAUUUUAUUGCCAAGUUUAGAAAUCCUAAAAAAUCUUUUAGAAAGAAAAGAUCAAACUCUUGGUGACAAUAUUAAUAAUUUCAUACCGAGAAUAUUAAAAUUGUCAAAAUUUGAAAAUUCAAUGAAAAUUCGUAUAAAUUCAUUAAAAUGUUUAUUUUCUUACGGUUUUUACCCGACAUUUUUAUUAUUGCCCCAUAAAAAUAAGGUAAUUUACGAUUUAGAAAUUUGUUUAGAUGAUAAAAAACGACUCGUUAGAAAGGAAGCGGUUAAGGCUCGAUGUCGAUGGUUUUUAGUCGGUGCUCCGGGGGAAGACAUACUUCAAAAUUAA